AGAGCCCGGCCUUGACGGAGCAUCCGGGAGCUCAGGGUGGCUGUAUCCUCGGGAGGUCCUUUGCCUGGCACACCAGUGGCCAGUGGAGAGCCAGCGUGUUGGGUAAAGACGGAAAGCCGCGUUUGGCGACCGACUGGAAGAGGCCUUGGAAUCCUGGAGCCCAGUCCUGAGCCCCAUUCAGGUGUCCGAUCUUGCUGAUUCAGCAAGCCUGAUAAGCAUGAAGCUUCUGUCUUUGGUGGUCUUGGUGGGGGGGUUGUUGGUGCCCCAAGCUCAAGCCAACAAGGUGAGGGAGGUGAACCAACAGCCCCUCGUGCACUGCGACCCCGCCUGCAGGGUUUCUCCAGAGAGUUCUGAAGAUAUCCGGUGCAAAUGCAUCUGUCCACCUUAUAGAAACAUCAGUGGGCACAUUUACAACCAGAAUGUGUCUCAGAAGGACUGCAACUGCCUGCACGUGGUGGAGCCCAUGCCCGUGCCCGGCCAUGACGUGGAGGCCUACUGCCUGCUGUGUGAGUGCAAGUACGAGGAGCGCAGCACCACCACCAUCAAGGUCAUCAUUGUCAUCUACCUGUCCGUGGUGGGGGCCCUUUUGCUCUACAUGGCCUUCCUGAUGCUGGUGGACCCUCUGAUUCGAAAACCAGAUGCUUACACUGAACAGCUGCACAACGAAGAGGAGAGUGAGGAUGCUCGGUCCCUGGCAGCAGCUGCUGCAUCCCUCAGCGGCCCCCGAGCAAACACGGUCCUGGAGCGCGUGGAGGGUGCUCAGCAGCGGUGGAAGCUGCAGGUGCAGGAGCAGCGGAAGACGGUUUUCGAUCGGCACAAGAUGCUCAGCUAGACAGGCAGUGCAGUCAGGUCAGGGACCCGGGCCUGCCAACUUCCAGAGCUAGAAGGAGCCGGGGACCACUUUCCCUUUCACCCCAGUGCCAGUCUUCCCUGGGUCUUCCCUGUAAAAGCUCAUGGCAUUUUCCCUUCAUCUCCCUCUGUUUGGAAACGCUGUACUCAACCGUUUUAAUUAGGGACUAUGAUGGAGACUCUGAUUUCUUGUGUCUCCUUGGAUCUUUGGGGUAGAGAGGGAGGGGAAAGGAAGUCCAGAAAGGAAUGGAGAUAAUCCGAGGUGACCUCAGGGUUAGGUGGCCUCUGUCCCUCCCGGCUCCACCUCUGUCACCCCUUCCAGCUCCGCAUCUUGGGGAUUCAUUGCCCUUUGCAAGAUGAAGCUGCGUCCUCCAGAACUCAGUGUUUGGGAGGGAGCAGGGCCCAGCACUGGGCAUGUGCUCCUGCCUGCUGUGGUCCUUACUCCCACCUCCCUCCCAGCCCCAGUACCUCAGCCCUGGCCUGGCCUGGCGCCAGCCCUCAGGAACGGCGCUGGUGGGAGAGCCGGUGCCAGUGAGCUGUGGGAGUGUUCAGGGCACUCUGGAAGCUUGGCUCCUUCUCCCCGGCCUCUGUGUCCCCCUGCGUCCUGCUCGCUCUGCUGCCUGCCUCCUUGCUCCCACCUCAGGAGUCUGGCCAGGCCCAGCCCUCCCAGGGUCUGUAGUUGCUGAGCCAGAAGUUGGUUGGACCACGUGACAGGCUGAACAGUGGACUUAAAUACCAAAACUCCUAUCCUUGGAUUGCCAUUUGUCCCUAAAUUUCAUUGUACCAGUGCAUGGAGAGAAAUGUUUGUCCAUCUGUUAUCCUAGAGUUGUCUGUAAAUCAAGGAAGCCAUCAUUAAAUUGUUUGUUUUAUUUCUCUUG